CAUCCUCUCUAUUUAUUCUGUCUCUCUUUAUGUAUCUCGUCGCCGCGUUUUGAAGCCCUCUGCGAAAGUCCGGUGCUGGCGGAGGCGAGAAGGUGCUGGCUGGCCGGGGGAGAUGCUUUAGCCGCUCCCGGGGCUGCGCUCGGGCUGGGCGCCAGCUGCCCGCCGUGCGGGGACCGCCGUGGGCGGCAGCCCGCGGUCAGAGAGGCUGCAGGACGAGCGAGAGCCGGCCCUGGGGGAGGCUGGUGUUUGUAGAAAGGAUGUCAGCAGCUUUAUUAUUAAUGAAGAGACACUUGUUAUCACCAAUGUGCAUGUGAAAUGGAAAGGGAACACAUUCUGGAAAUAGCUUCUGUUUCAGCCUUGCAAGAUGCUGCAUGAAGUGUGUAAAGAAGUUUAAGUGACUGCUCUACUUGAUCAAAAUGGUGGACACUGAAAACCAGCUCUAUCCCCUUACUCCCUUGGAGGAGGAUGACAUAGGCAGCCCUUUACCUGGAGAGUUCCUACAAGAUAUGGGGAACAUUCAAGACCUCUCUCAGUCUCUAGGAGAUGAUAGCUCUGGAGCUUUAAGUUUAACAGAGUUCCAGUCACUGGGAAGUUGUCCAGGAUCUGAUGGAUCAGUUAAAACAGAGACCCUUUCACCAGCAUCCAGUCCUUCAUCCAUUAAUUUUGCCACAGCUCCAGGUAACAUAGAUGAAUCACCCAGUGGAGCAUUAAACAUUGAAUGUAGAAUUUGUGGGGAUAAAGCCUCAGGCUACCAUUACGGAGUACAUGCUUGUGAAGGUUGUAAGGGUUUUUUUAGAAGAACAAUUCGUUUAAAACUCAUCUAUGAUAAAUGUGAUCGCAACUGCAAAAUUCAGAAAAAAAAUCGUAAUAAGUGCCAAUACUGUCGUUUUCAAAAGUGCCUUUCAGUUGGAAUGUCACAUAAUGCAAUACGUUUUGGACGAAUGCCAAGGUCUGAGAAGGCCAAGCUGAAAGCAGAAAUUCUAACAGGUGAAAAUUACGUAGAAGAUUCAGAAAUGGCAGAUCUUAAAUCACUUGCCAAAAGAAUUCAUGAAGCUUACCUGAAAAACUUCAAUAUGAACAAGGUUAAAGCCAGAAUCAUCCUGGCAGGGAAAACUAACAACAAUCCACCAUUUGUUAUAUAUGAUAUGGAUACCUUGUGCAUGGCAGAGAAGACUCUGGUGGCAAAAUUGGUAGCCAAUGGAAUUCAGAACAAGGAAGCAGAAGUUCGAAUCUUCCACUGCUGCCAGUGUACGUCUGUAGAGACAGUCACAGAACUUACUGAAUUUGCCAAAUCUAUCCCUGGCUUCUCCAAUCUUGACUUGAAUGAUCAAGUGACACUGUUAAAAUAUGGGGUUUAUGAAGCCAUAUUUGCCAUGUUAGCAUCUGUGAUGAACAAGGACGGGAUGCUGGUAGCCUAUGGAAAUGGUUUUAUAACCCGGGAGUUCCUGAAAAGCCUGAGAAAGCCAUUCUGUGACAUAAUGGAGCCAAAAUUUGAUUUUGCAAUGAAAUUCAAUGCACUGGAAUUGGAUGAUAGUGAUAUAUCGCUUUUUGUUGCUGCCAUCAUUUGCUGUGGAGAUCGUCCUGGUCUUGUAAAUGUAGGACACAUUGAAAAAAUGCAGGAGAGCAUUGUGCAUGUACUGAAACUUCAUUUGCAAACCAACCAUCCUGACGACACCUUCCUCUUCCCGAAACUUCUCCAAAAAAUGGCUGACCUCCGACAACUUGUCACAGAGCAUGCUCAGCUUGUUCAGAUAAUUAAGAAGACUGAAUCUGAUGCACAUUUACACCCCUUACUACAGGAAAUCUACAGGGAUAUGUAUUAAGGAUUUUUAUUAUUUUUUUCCACAAUAUUUAAAGACAAAAGCAAUACUAACAACAGAUGGGAGCAAAACUACUUGCACAGUUAUCUGCUGUUCACUCAGCUCAGAGCACGAGAAAUCUAAAAGCUGGGUAACUGGAGUGUUACACUUCUUUCAGUUUGGGAUCUUUUGUCUUUUGAAAGAGUUCUGCAGAAGAAUACUGAUCAUAGUGCUUAUGAAGUGUUUUACAAUGGUUCUUUUAUUUGGAAAUUUGAAGAUUGGUAAGGAAUACAUAUUUGUACAAUAAAUCAGAAUGUUAAGUAACAGAAAUGAACAAAAUUGUAUUUCCUCUUGGCUUAGUCAUUUUAGAGUUAAUAUAACAACUUCAGCAAAUUCUCUCCAGGUGUAUGCACAAUCAUAAAGAUUAUGCACUUUUGGCUAAUAGUAGUUACUGAGAACCAACUAACGCUUUUUCUUACAGCAGUCAGUCUAGGUGUAUCAAAUGGUUGGAUGUUACUGUACAUACACCUCUAAAAAAAUCUGAAAGACCUUUGAACCGCUGCUGCUCUAAUUCCAUGAAAUGCAGCACAGCUUCAUAUAGUAUUACAUUAGUAUACCUUAGGAUUAGCAUGUUUAAAAGAUGGUUCUUUUAUGAAAUGAAAUAAAAUCCAAAGAGCUAUCUAAAAUACAGCAGAGAUGCUCCAUUCAGGUGUUUUUUGAAGAGUAAGUGUAAGAAAGAGAUGGAACCCUUUUUUCAAAAGUCUUUUAAGGAAAUAUAAAAAUGUCCCUGGUGGAAAAUAUAUCAUACUUUAUUAUACGUGUCUUUUUGAGAACUUUUAAGAUGCAGUUUUGACUUAAAAAUAUUACUUCAAAUUAGGUAGGCUUUUGGAGAGACUGAAAAAUCUGAUUCUAGCCCAAAAAAAAAGAAUUUCAGCUGCACAGCAUUCUAGUGCAGGGAUAGCUUACUCUGAAGAAAUGAUUGUAUAGGAAAGGCACCUUCUUUCUUCUUGGCAGUAUAAGAAUUUUUUGGACCCGUUGACUUUUCUGAUGAAUACACUAUUUCUUUUUUCCAAUUACCCACUCGGAUAUAUUUCCUUCUAUUAUUUCUUAGGCCUUCUGAAUAGAAGUAUUAGAUUAUGUUGCCAAAUUUUGUCCUUGUCCAUACAGCCACAGUGGAUAAGGUGACAAUAUUACCAAGAACAGUGUUUGUAGGUGUGAUUGCAUAAUAUUAUGAAAGACAGCACAGCUGAGAGUAAUAUUAUCAUGUUCCUGAGAGCAAACUCCUGAUUUUACAGUAGUACUUACUCCUGAUGAAAAAUAAGCCAUAAGGAACUGCUUGACUUUGCCAUUUUACAGAAUCUUUUAUCAGAGUGCUACAUUAAAGUGCUAGCUGCAUGCAAGACACUGUGCUAUUUUUUUAAUUUUUUUUUUUUUUAAUACAGUACCUUCACGUUAUUAUUUCUUUAUUUUAAUACUUCUUUCAUAACACAAAGAUCUCAGGAGCCAAUCUUGGCAUUUUCACGAUAGUUUAGGUUUCAGUGGCACAGGAGGACACUUUGUACAUUUUUACUGUAGCAUGUUUAAAGACUUCAGAAUCUUAAACCUUCAUUACAAGAAUUAAAUAAGACUGAUAAGGUGAGAA